AUUACAUAAAAAAUUCCUACUUAUGUAUGACGUAAAACAUAACCAAUAAACUUGAUAAAGUCACGAACUUAACCUGUCGGUCGGUGUGAAAGAGGUUCAUACAAACAUUUUACAGAAAAGAUGUCUUUAAUUGGGGCAAGAACUCUUAUGAAAUGCGGGCAACUCAUCAAUGAAACGUUUUUAUUGAACAUCAGGAGUGCAACCCAUUUAAAAAACAUCCAGAGGCACAACAAUACAGCAGCCGCAGAUGAGAAACCAAAAGCAGCAGAAACAGCUGAGGCUAAACCAGUCAACGAGGAAGUGGAGAAACUGAACAAGGAGAUUUCUGAGCUCAGUGAGAAGAACAAUGAACUGAUGGAUAAGUACAAAAGGGCAUUGGCUGAUGGUGAGAAUUUGAGGAACAGAUUGACCAAACAAAUUGGAGAGGCCAAGCAAUUUGGAAUUCAGAGUUUCUGUAAAGAUUUGCUGGAUGUAGCUGAUGUCCUGAAUAAAGCCACAGAAAGUGUACCAAAAGAAGAGGUAAACAGCAACAAUCCACACCUGAAAAGCCUGUAUGAAGGUUUGGUGAUGACAGAUGCACAAUUACAAUCUGUUUUCAAGAGGCACGGUUUGGAGAAAGUGAACCCUGUAGAUGAAAAGUUUAAUCCCAACUUCCAUGAAGCCCUGUUCCAACAGGACGUUCAAGGCAAGGAGCCGGGAAUUGUAGUGGUAGUUUCUAAGAUAGGUUAUAAAUUGCAUGAUAGAGUGGUCAGGCCUGCACUUGUUGGAGUAUCCAAGUAAAUUUAAAUGUAAUUAGUGAAAAGGACGGUUAUUUUUGUGAUUUAAUUAUAUAACAGAAAAUAACUAAUAGAAAACAAUAAAAUUUUGUAUAUAUUUUUUAAUAUUAUAUUAUAUUUUUGAGGUUAUAAACACAAAGUGGCGAAAAACAUGUU